GUGCAGAAGGAAAAAUUCAUGGUCUCAAAACACAUGAUUGCCAUGUCCUAAUGCAACAACUCAUGCCUAUUGCUUUGAGGGGUGUUCUUCCAGAUGAUAUCACAGCAAUACUAUUUGAGUUAUCUUCUUAUUUUCAAGGAAUAUGUUCAAAAGUGCUUCAUGUUGAUGAACUUGACCGUUUGGAACAAUCAAUUAGAAUUACACUGUGCAAAAUGGAGAUGAUAUUUCCUCCUGGGUUUUUCACGGUUAUGGUUCACUAAGUAGUCCAUUUAGCAACUGAAUGUAAGAUUGCUGGACCAGUUUGCUAUAGAUGGAUGUACUUUAUUGAAAGGUACCUGGGUAAAUUGAAGUCGUAUGUUCGCAACAAAGCUCAUCCGGAGGGUUCAAUGGCAAAUUCAUUUUUGGAAGAUGAGGUUAUGGUGUUUUGUUCCAGAUCAUGCAGUUGGAGCAACAAAAUGGUAGCGAUAGCAUUGAUGAAGAGAUUAGAUGGUUGGCCCGGGGUCCAAUUGAUGCAGCAAGAAGACAUAGAGCCUUUAAUAUUCAUGGACACAAAUUUAGAGCCAAGCGUUAUGAUAAGGUUACUCAAAACAGUGGAGUUGUUGUGACUGCAAAAACAUCAAUACACACCAACCAAAAAGCGACAAGAACAUAAAUGAACACGUGGGAAAUUUGAAGGAACUUUUAGUGGAGUAGCCAGAUUUAGCAGACACUAGGCAAGGAAAGAUUUCUUGGAAAGGAGAUGCUCUGAAUCAAAUAUUAGGAGAAGACAAGCAUGGCCGUGUUCAUGGUUUGGGCCUAGUUCCAAAUCCUAAUAAAGUGUUUGAUCUGUCAACUUCACGACGCUUUAAGAAUAUAAAUCUGACUUCAUUGGAUCCGACAUCAAGUGAAGAUGUUCUAUCCCUUAGACUUCAAAUGAAGAAGGUUCAAAAACAUGCCCAGAUUCAAGAUGCUAAUAUUCUGGAAUUAAAACAAAAGACAAAAACCUUGGAAGAAAGACAACUCGAACAGAGGUGCAUAGAUGAUCCUUUGCAUGCAACUCAAGAUGCUAUUUAUGUUGAUGGGCCAAAUUCAAAACGAAAACGAGUAUACGGUGACCCUCAAAGUCAACAAUUUAGCAUGGUUGAGCAGCAGAAUAAUAUGAUGAGGAGACAAAAUGAUGAUGAGUACGAGGAUUUGCAGCCACCAAACAAAUAUUGUACAACAGACAAGAAUGAAUGGGAAACGAUACAGAAUGACAAUGCACAACAACCAAAAAAACAUUCUAGUGCAUAUAAGAGAAAGGAAGCUAAUGCCUGUGAUUACAAUGUGCUGCAAGCCUACAGAGCUUCUACUGAAGCAUACAAUACCAAAAAUAAACAUUUUAAAGAUGACGUUAGGAUCGACAAAAACAAGCAUACUAAUGCAGCCAAGGUUGCAGACCUGGAAACAUCUUCAUAUUGCUCAAAUCAUGAAAGUUCUCAAUACCAGCGACCGUACAGUGACCCUCAAAGUCAAGAUUUUAGCCUGGUAGAGCAGCAGAAUAAUACGAUGAGGAGACAAAAUGAUGAUGAGUACGAGGAUUUGCAGCCACCAAACAAAUAUUCUACAAGAGACAAGGUUGCAGGCCUGAAAACAUCUUCAUAUUGCUCAAAUCAUGAAGGUUCUCAAAAUCAGAGCAAAAAUAUCUCAAAAGGAGCUUGUGCAGCCAUGUGUGCUACUGUAUAAGAAACUUCUUCUAAACUUCAUGAUAUUUAUUUCCUUUUUUCAAAGAAUUCUCUUAGCUACAGACUGAUGUUCCAUAUAAUUUUUUUUUAUAGAAACAACAGCAUGGUACAGGCAGUAGGUUAGUGACCAGCUCAACGAUGGUAUAAGAGUGUUUAUGUUCAUUAGCAAUUUAUUUUUACAAAUGGUUAACUUUCUGUUGUUUGAUUAUUUUGCUCAAACACUUCCAUAUAUGCACUAGGCUGGCACUACAGUAUUUUUGAAGAGUUGGAAAAGUCAAAAUAAGAAAGUAGCUGUUGCUACAGUAGUAAGUUGUGAUCCAACACACAAACUUGAUGGUGUCCCAAUAGGAAAUAAAUUUUGGAUAGUGCGUGUCAAUGUUGUAAUUGCUGCAGACGAAGCAUUGAUACGGCCAUACAAAACCUACAAAUUUGUCGGUGAUGCAGAUGGAGCUAAUAUUGCUUGGCCUUCAACAUUUGUUGAAAAGAUAAAUUGGUGAUGGUUUCAAUGACAAGCUUGAUGGAGGAUGGACAGUGGUGGUGGCAUUUGCAAAAUACUAUUCCUUGUGUUUAAUAUUUGUCUCAAUAGGAAAUGAUGUUUAGAUCAAACUUCUAUCAUGAAUCAUGUGGAUGGUAUUCAAUGUAAUGCAACAAUUCCAUUUCAAUAUAUCAGUGUUUAU